AUCGAUCGAACAGCAUGUCAAGAGAGUGACGUCAUUCGUUUUCGCCAAGGAGUGAGAAAAUCCCAUGGAAAAAUCCAGUUUGUCUAGCAUAGCUUUUGAUGUUUUAUCAAAUUACUGUUGCCUGUACCGUGUUGAAUACUGUUAGAAUGUAUGACAUGUGUCUUACUUCCCGUUUUUGAUCAAAAAAGACCACGUUUAUGCGAGAUGCAAGAUAGACGCUAAGUUCUUUUGGAGGACACUUUCGGGAUGCCACGUAGAAAAUCGCAGAGUGUUGAUGCAUUACCAGACAAUGGCGAAACAGAUGGGGACAAAAUGCAGGAGAGUUACUCAGUUACGGAAAAGGGAGACAAUUCAUCAGAUCGUAUCGGUUCUGAAAAAGAGGGAGAUGAGGAAGAUGUUGAGCAGCCAGAACCAAAGAAAAUCAAACUUGACUCAAAAGAUGAGGACAAUGGCAUGGAGUGUGAACAGACACAGGAGGACUCAUCUAAUGAAGUAUCACUCCAAGCAACGAACAAGGGUGACAACUUCACUGACAAUCAUAGAGUCAAGGUAGUGAAAACACCAUCAGGUGUUGUAACCAUGGAAACAGUCUCACAGUCAGAGAAACGUAAUUUAUCACUGGAGGCCUUGUGUGAAGUUGGAUCAUCUGAACUUCAAAAUAUUCAGCGACAAGUGUCACCCAACACACCUCAGACACACGAACCGUCAACCCCACCUCCCUCAACUAGUUCACUUGAAAGUAACCCUGAAACAAACUUCUCAAAAAUCAAGGUGGUGAACCCUGAGGAUAUCAAAAAACGUAAGCACCCUGUCAAGCCAGGUAAACACAUCUGUAAAUUUUGUGGAAGAGGAUGUGCCAAGCCAAGUGUUCUAGAAAAGCAUCUUCGAGCACACACUGGUGAGAGACCAUUUCCUUGCCUGGAUUGUGGAUUUGCUUUCAAAACUAAAAGUAACUUGUACAAGCAUUGUAAAUCAAGAUCACAUGCCCUAAAGGCUAAACUGGGCAGGAAAGUUCAACCACAGUGGUCAAGUCAAGAGGAAUCUGAUGAUGAUAUUACUGAUGAAUCAGAUGACGAAAUACUCAAUGAAAGUCAAUCAAGCACCGACACAAUAGACAAAGAGGAAAGUUCCCUGACUCCAAAUGAGGCAGAGCAAAUAACUUUGUUGAACGAUAUGUCAAAGUUUCUAAAGAAAGCUGAUUCUGAAUCGGCAAAAGCUCAUACUGUUCAGAAAGAAGCUCAUACUGUUCAGAAAGAUGAUAGCUUUGAAAAUCGUGAACAGGCUCCUGUCCAUGUUUUGCAAGAAGUAGCUAAAUAUUUAGAAAAACCCAAAGCGGAGCGACCGAGGAUAGAAGUACCCUCGUGGAAAAGUGAUGCCAGACCAAGAUUUGAAACAAGAAUGCGCAAUUUAAAUUUGGAGUUUGAAAAUGUUAAAAAUGUUGGAUCUAGUGAAAAACGUCAAGGAAUUCUUGAUGAAAAGAAAUUAAAUUCAGCACAAAGUCAGUUUAUAACUAUUGCACCGAAACAAGAUCUUUUGGGUAGAAUGAUAUCUAGGGGAUCUGAAAGCUCUGAUCAGCUUACUACUCUUCACAAAAUGGGAAGUGGAGGAUCCGUCACAGUUCACAGACUUCUUUUGCCAGUAGCUUUCCAAAAUGUUGAGACUACCACCACACAGUCAAACAAUGCAAGUUUCAACAGCGUAGCAGCUGAGAAGAUGAUAGCUAUUGAUAAUGGAGCAGGAGCUGUAGAGGUGAUCAGACUACCUCACCCCAACACUGACCCCAGUACUGCCAACAAAGUGCUAAGAGAUCUGGAGGAUCUGAGUGACAGGGUCCAACAAUCCAAUGGAUCUGACGUCCAGCUUGUCCCAGCAGUCGUGGAACUCCAGGAUGGAACUUGCCAGGUGUCGGUGAAAGCCGUUUCUGCCCGUGAGACUCAUGCACCUCUGGUUAGAUCUCUCUCACAGCCUGUUGAUGAUAUGAAGCAAAAAAACCAAACUGAGACUAAAGUAGACAUGGAAAAAGUCAAAGAAAGAAUUCAAAAUCUGAUAUCCAGCAAUGCUGCCAUUGUGAAAAGCCCGUUGUUUGAAUACAAACGUUUGUAUAGGCAGAGCAGUGAAUCCAAAGCUGGUGUUCAGAAGUCAGAUACUGUCUUAACUUUCAGGUCUGAAACUACCAACAUUGAAAAGUCUGUUUCUUCAACAGAAAACGAUGUUUCGUCAACCACUGUCAUAAAAUCAGAUGAUUCAGAAAGACCAGUUUCAAAUAGUAUUCCUUCAGUGAUUAAAAAUGAAAAUUCAAGAACUUCCACUGAAAGUAAAUCAGAAAUAGGUGUUACAAGACGACUUGUACGACAGUCAGCUCUGUCUUCAAGUGUUGAUGUGGACACCAAGACUCAAGUCAGCUUAGGAAGUCAGUUACCAGUCCUCACAAUUUCCAAUGAGGUACUAAAGCAGAUAGCUAAUGCCAAUAAAUCUGACACUCUACAUUCAAAAGGAGCUACCGGGACACAAGAAAUUGCCUCCAAAACAGUCACAGCAUUAGAUCAUAGUGGAAAGGAGAUAACCAUUAAGCUUCAGUUAGAGAACCCCACUCCAUCUGAAAAUGUCAAGCCAGCGAAACAAGCCUCCGACGGACAGUCCAAAGCAAUCAAAGAUAAGAUUCGUGAAGUCAUUAAAGCCCGUGAUGUUCCUCCAGUCACUAAAGCCUUGUCGGAGUCUCAGGUGAGCAGUCACAUUGAAGACAGUGUUGGAUAUACCCCUACUGAAGCAUUACAUCUUAAAUCUUUCACUGCCACAGUAAAGAAAGACCAGUUUGUUUGCACGUUUUGCAAGAAUGCCUUUCAGAAGAAAGAGACGUUAGAUCUACAUAUGGCAUACUACUGCACAUUCAUAAAAGCAAAUGAUUCCAUUGACAAGACCAAGGUGCUGCAGAUAUUUCAGAAACAGAAAAGUGAAAAUAAACCAACUGAGGGUUUAGUGAAGAGACAAAUAUCACUACCAGUAAUACAGUUCCCCCCUAAAGUCUCUACACCAAUCUCUGCACCAGUCAGGAAGCCAAAUAUGAUGGUGAGAUCAGACAGUGUAGGGGGAAUUAGAUCCUCUGAUACAGGUAUGCCAAGACAAUUCAGUUUGCCUUUACAGUUUUCUGGAGAAACAGUGAACAUUGCAAAACCUGUAAAUCAUACCUCAUCUUCAGAAAGUCUCAGUAAGAGAAAGGGAAGACCAAAACUUUACGAGAGACAACCUAGGAAUUUGUUGCCAAGUGCACAAACACUUCCACAUAGUCCCGUACCUGUCAGUAUUUAUCCUUUGGGUCAGCUUUCUAGUGUUCUACCUCCACAGUCAAUGCCACAGCUACAAGCUGCAUUAGGAGGUUCACAAUUAAAAACAGUACAUUCGAUAUCACAGACAUCAGUAAUAACCAGUCAAAAUGCUGAUUCCAUUAUAAAACCUGCAAUGCCUGUAUCAUAUGCAGUCGUGCCCAUAUGUUCACAGUCAAAGUCCAACAUCUCUGGUGCAGACGUUCAGCCAAUUGCCAUUCAGAAUGUUAUGUCUGUGAAUAAAAACUUAAACUAUGUAGACACUACUGAUGGACUGACUGACUUAAUUGUCAAAAAGCAAGAGUCACCUGCUCCAGCUAGUGAUUUUCACAGUGUGAUCCAAGUGCAGAUAGUGGGCCCUGUGGGAAGUGAUUUAUACUGGAAGGAGUUGUCUGGAAAGACAUCCGAUGUGCAAGAUGUUGGAAUUGUCAAAUUAAAUGAAUUAUCUCAACCAAGCUCUGUUAUUGUCCAAAGACAACCAGAUUCAAAGCACAGAGACAAACAUUUCCUUCAUUCAUCAUCAGAUUCUUCAGAACAUUCCUCAACUCACAUUUUAAAUGAAGAUCUCAAAGAGAAAUUGAAAGGAAAGUUGUUAAUGAAGAGAUCCCUGAGUUUGGAUCCCAAAGUCCUGCGAUCAGCAAUAUCCCCGGUGUUAUUGAGGGAAGGGGAAACCGAGGCUCCAGCUUGUAAAAAGAUCAAAAUGACUGCUCAUUCAUCUCCAAAAAAGCACGUAGACUGUCUUCCAUACACUCAGUCAUCUUUGUCACACAUACAGGAAAUAUCGGAGACUAAAGCUUGGAAAAUUCAAACUCUUACCAUUCCUGUUGUGAAGGCUCAGCCAAUGUACCAGUUAUCCCAGAUGGUCAGCCAUCUUAUGUUCCGAGACAAAAAUAACCAGUCUAGUGAAACGUCAGUUUUCCAAUCUGAACAGAGUUUAGUCAAUUCAGACUGUAGUAAAGCAAUUUCAGCAACAACUGCUCAUGAUGUACAGAGACUGGAGAAUGGUUCUGCAGUGUCAGUUCCAUUGAUAUUAUUCGGCCAUAAUUACCCUUCUCUAAGAAUGUCAACACAAGUUUCAUUCUGUUGUCUUUCCAAACCACAACCUAUGUAUGUUCCAUUUCGAUCCAACAAGAAAAUUUCAAUGUAUUCCAAUUGGAAGGUGUCGGGUCAUAACACAAAUCCUAUAGGACUGACACCAAAGAUGUUACUAUCUCUGUAUAGAUCGGAUUCUAACAAAGAUCCUGACUAUGUUACAUCAUGUAGUCAGACUUCCAAAGGAGGAAUGCUAACACACAGUAGUUAUUGGACUUACAAGGAGAAGAAGACAACACCAUCUGAAAAGAAAGUAGAGGUAAAGAAAGAAGUGGAAUCUUCCAAACCGAUAUCAAGUACAAAAAUCACUACCCCAAAGAAGGUCACUGGAGGUGUUAAAUCCUUGGAUCCCUAUGUGUAUGUAAGGGGCCGAGGACGAGGGAAAUACAUAUGCAAUGAGUGUGGAAUCCGCUGCAAGAAACCCAGUAUGCUGAAAAAGCACAUUAGAUCUCAUACAAAUCUCCGGCCGUACGUCUGCUCUCACUGCCACUUCUCCUUCAAAACAAAGGGGAACUUAACCAAGCAUAUGAAAUCCAAGUCACACCACAAAAGGUGCAUAGAGCUUGGAAUAUUGCCAGUGCCAACUCAGGUAGAUGAAUCUCAGAUUGAUCAGGAGAUGCUGAGAGCUCAGUGUGACCUGUCGAAGAAAGCUCGAAUAGUGCUGAAGGAUGGAGCAUCCGUGUCACUGGACCUUGAUGAGAUCGAUUCAGAAAGCGAUGAUGAAGGAGAUGAAGAUGAGGAAGAAAGCCAGGAUCAAGAGAGUAUGGACACCAGUGACAUUCAACAAGAGGCACCUGAAGUUGUCAUAGAGAUUGAUGUCAACACAGAGGAAGGUUUCCCAGCAGAGGCCACACAGGAGUUCGAUAGUCCUGCAGGGUCCAGUCUGAGGGGAGUAGAGAAAGGUCUGGUUGGAUCCACUCCUGGGAUUUGUUCAUUGAUACAGCCACACCCGACUAGCUCACACUCCCUGACAGACACUGAUCAGCCGUUGGUAGCCAUCGUGCACCAGAAUGAAGAGUCUACAGGUAGCAGUGAGCAGAUCAUCCACAUUGUAGAGGAUAACACCAGUCAACAUGCAAGCCUUGGAACAAUAUAUGGAUUUCCAGCGGAAGUGUCAUCAGUUGAAGAACACCCAUCAUCCAAUGUGGUGGAAAUCACAGAAGUGUACAUUUCAGAGGGAGAUCCAAAGUUAGGCUUCUUAUUUGAGGAGCUACGCAAACACGAAGCAGAAUUCAAAGAAAAGAAUGAAAGAACCAGUGCUUUUUAUGAGCUCUCUCAGAAGAAACCUCUUAAACCUGGAAAACCUUCUGAAACAAGCACUGUUGAAGAAGUUGUUAAAGAUAACACAGAAACAAGCGUUGAUUCUGACCUAAAUACUGUAAACACUUACACAUCGGAAGCUACAUGUAGUACUAGUGAAUCACUGAAUGAUCCCAGCAUCCCCAAAUCAGAAUCUGUCCACGUGGAAAAGAAGUCAGUGGCACCUCCACGACAACUGGAAUUCUCCAUACCAUUAGGUGGUUAUAUGCCCCCGCUGGCAUUUAAACAAUCCAAACCGACUACAAACUUGGGUCCAAUCAUUGGUCAGCUUGUCAGACAGCGACCUGUUAACUUACAGUUUAGUAGUCCUGUGAAGACCCCCACUGGUCAGGCCACACCUAUCAGUCAGGCCACCCCUGUCUGUGCCCCAUUCCAGUUUCAACAUCCAUUCAUGGAAAAACUCGAUUCCCAGGAAAGUUGUUCCACACAUAGUGUUGACAGUGGUGUGCAAGCAGAGGGCACAAAUGUACUAAGCAAGAAUUCUGCAGUUCACAAAGGAGAUGAGAAACUGAAAGUGCAAGAUUUUAAUGACCAGAGUGAGGAGGAUUAUUCAAGUUACAUUAUUAUUGAAAAUACUGAUGGGGAUGGGAUCGUACAGGAAUCCUGUAAAGAUGGCAGCAGUGACCAUGUGCUGUACCAGUGUAAUUUUUGUGCAGGCUUAAUCGAACCAGAACACCUUCUAAAUCAUCUCAAGGGUCACAAAGUGGAACAUUUAUUCCCUUGUGAAACCUGUGGUGUUGCUUUUACUUCCAAAGAAAAAUUCGAGAAUCACAGCCAUGAGAAAUCAGUAGACAAGGAGAGUGACUCAUUAAAGUGCGAGAUGUGUCGUCUGUCCUUCGAUUCCACGAGUGAAUUGUCAGAACACUAUAAAACGAGGACACAUGUAAAUAAACUGGAAGAAUUGGCAGUGGUUCCUAAAGGAACUUUCUCAAACAUUGAGAGAAACCUUGAAUCUUUAUCAGCAAAUGACCACGAUGAGUUUAUAGAACUUCUGAAAAACAAGAUUGCCAAUCACUUGGAAGCAUCAUCGCCCAUGGAAACAGCAGUAGAUGAAAAAAGUGUGACUACAGAAAGGGCACAAAGUUCUGGACAUUUUCAGAGUCAGUCUCAGUAUGAGAAAAUCUGGUCCUCCUCUAGUGAGCGGGUGACAGUGGAGAGAAAACAUGAGAACAAUGAUGACUGUCUGAUUACAAAUGCUAACGUGGACUAUCCACCAGAGAGGGGCGUGUCACCUAAUAUGCCACACCUGUGUGAGAUCUGCAGAAGGGGAUUCAUCAACCUAGAGCACCUGCAGGCCCACCUGAUGAGUCAUGCUGAAAUAAGACCCUAUGUGUGUGAAUAUUGUGAUGCUGGUUUUACCAACAGUCAGUCCCUCAAGACCCACUUACUUUCACAUGCACAGGAGAGGCCUUAUGUCUGUGGAUACUGUGGGCAAACUUUCCCGAUCUCCUCAGAUUUGAAAAAGCAUGCAGAAAACUUACAUAAGAUCUCCUCAUCUGCCUCCAAAGAAAAGAUAACUGAUGUAGAAACCUGUGAUGUCAGAAAACACACUCAAGCUAGCAGUGAUAUUGCUUCAUCUUCAACUGUUGAAGGUCAAAUUAAGUCAGUGCAAGAAAUAAAGGGGGAAUAACUAUAUGAUAACCACCACGGAGAAAGUUUUACAUUUUAAAUGUGCUGGACUUCUAGAAACUUAAUUAAUCUAAUUAUACCCACUGUAAGGAAGCUACAGGGAUGUACUGGAAUCAGGCUGUCCAUCUGUCUGUCCGUCCAUCUGUCUGUCCGUCCUUAGAUAACUUGAUUUCUAGGCCAUAAAAGAUUUUCUUUUUUAUCAGUGUCACCAUACUUCCAGCCAGACUUGUCAUGAGAUUAGGAUGAUCAUGGUUGAUUUUCGGGUCUUGACACUGAUAAAGUUUUAGUGAUUUCCCUCUGAAGUCACUGUAUUUCUUAUCAAGACUCCAUGAUGAUUCUGAAUGAAGAUGGCCUCUGUCAGAUUUUGGAGUCAAAAGGUCAAUUAGACUGAGCAGUGAUAGUAAAAUGGUUUCUGGGCAUUAAGGAAUUUUCCUUUUUGCAUUAAAUCCCCAAACUUCACACUGUAAACUUCAUUAAGAAGGUCAAAUGUCAAUUAAGUAAACUUGACUCUUGAGAUAGGAACAAGUUGUUUCCGCUUCCAUUUGGGUUCACAAUGCAUAACUGGCAAAGCACAACACCUCCCCCACCUCCCAUUGCCUUUAACUCUGCCCCUUAUCAUCUGUACGUGGGGGGGGGAAAUAUAGAUUUCCAACCAGGAAAUUUGUAAUUCCAUAAGGAUCAUUUUAUAAAAUCUGCCCAGGAGUUCAUUUGAAGGUGUUUUUAUUCGUUAUGACAGGUAUCAAAUUACAGGCAUAAAAUUUGCUCUAACAGCUGGGCAAAGACAGUCAAGCCAUGUGCAAAAUAUAUCAGUUAUCAGAUAUAAAUAUUUACUUUGUUCAGAUGAUUUCAUGAAGCAGUUUGAUAUAAAACUAAAUUUCACGAGAUGACCUUGUGCCAUAUGUAUUACCGGUUGUCUGUCUUGCGGAUUUUUUGUGUUUAUUCUAAGAGCAAAGCAUUGUAGUGACACAAAAUAGUGUUAUGUGUAAAUGAAUUUUGAUUACUUUUCAGUUUUAUAGAAAUCGUUAUUUGGAUAGGCAUGUGGCAAAUCUUUUGAAAUGCAAUAUUUGAUGUUGAGAAUUCUGUGUUGUAUUUUUUUCCAUAUACAUGUAUGUAAAUCAUAUUGAUUUUGUAUCAUAGAAUUAUAGGAUUGCAAUUUUGUCUUCAACACAUUUAAAGACUGACCAAAUAUAUAUAUAUAUAUAUACAUGUACACACACAACCAAGAUGAGAGAGAGAGAGAGAAAGAGAGAGAGCAUGUGUGUGUGUCCAGUCCUUUGAGCCUGUGGAUCUGAUUAAGGAUGUUUAUUUGCAUAUUUUAUAGUGCUGAUCUCAAUAUUUUAAGGCAUAUUACAUUGUAUUAAGUAUUAAGUUUAAAACAAUUAUGAAAGAAGUAUGCAAUGAGAAGGUAAGUUAAUUACAUGUAAUUCAAAACCACCUCUGUUAUAGUAAUGAAGUGUGACCUAGCUAGUUUCUGGGAAACAGGUUGCUUUCAUAACAUGAAUCGUGACACUGUCUGUAGAUAAAUUCUAGAGUGUAUUUUAUAGAUACAGAAUUGAAAAGUAUGUAUUUUGCAUUUUGGUGUGUUUUUCUCUGUUUUUUACUUUUAAACAGUGUAAAACUAAUAUUGUGUUUAACAUUUUUUUUAAAUGUUCCAAUUUUCUUUAACUGAUAGUUAUUAAAGUUAUGAUAAUAACAUGUUGUCGUAAGUUAUUAUUUGUUCAACAAAUUUUUUAAAAACUGAAAAUAAAAGCCAUGUUACUGUUGUUAAUAAAAUGCAGGUUCUGCGUUGAAUUAUGUUGUCA